AUGGCGGACGAUGGCGGCAUGGACGACGCGUCCAACGACAGCAUGACAAAGCCAGCGUCCGACGUGCUCAUCGGAAUCAAGGAUACCAGCUUCGGUUACGAUGUGCUGGCCCGUGUGCCUGCGCACCUGUUUGGCACUCAGGCCGAAAAACUAUUCCAGAGUUUCGAGGAUUUUGAGGUUGAAGACAAGGAAGGAGUUUGGCACGAGGACCGCAGCUGCGCGUGCUUUUGGAAUUACACUCCUUACAUCGGCUGCCGCGAGGAACCAUGCACUUGUAAGGCGUCAUUCUGGGCCACAUAUGACGAACAGCUGCUGAGUGCGCUUCUUCCCGACAAGGUUGCAGUGUUUGCCGCACUGAUUGAAUUUGAAUCUCGCGUCGUUGGAUAUGAGACGAGUCCAGUUAGCGACUUCCUGGACUUUGCGCAAAAGCUGGACAACCUGGCGCUCGCCGUUUGCCGAAGCCUCCUCAAGGCCGCCAAGACAGACUCCCAGAUCGCAUCUCAAGUUUUGCAAGCUUUCAACAUGCUCCAGAAGGCCCGCAAUGUGCUUCCAGCACCUUAUCAAGACGAUCGCCAGGUCUACUUCUACCACAGCAUGGCUGUCAUGAAGAGAUGGCACACAGAGGAGAUAUCUUAUCUCGUGUUCAAGAUAAUAGGCGGACAGGGUUUGCCUGACGAGCUUGUGGAGAGAAUCCGCGAGCUCUUCAUUGAAUCGAGGGAUGAGGACUUGAGCCAGUGCGAGAGUCAAUACUACAAGACGUACAAGGACUGCUGCAGCAUCAGAUAUGCCACGGCCCACUCGAGUUUACAUACGGUACUUUGUAGUGUGCAUUUGAUCGUAAUCGUGUUCAAAUUCACUUGGACCCACUUGCGCACGUACAACUCCAAUUCUCUCAUGCUCAGCAUAAUCUCAGCUAUUCAUCUCAGCGAGAACAGUCACCUUCAACUCCCCAUCGAUUCAACCAGGCGCGCCAAAUCUCGAUCCGGCGUAAUGGCAGACUCCGGCGCAGUCGUGUCCAGCAGCAGUCUCACGCAUCUGGAUGUCCUCGUGCUCAUCAAGAAGACCUGGCUCGGCAGUGAACUCAUCUGCUCGACACCGCGAGGAACGACAGAACACAUCUUCGGCGACGAGGGUGCGCUGGUUCUCGACGACGUAGAAGAUUACUCGGAAGGAGAGGGAACCUGGCAUGAGCAAGGCUGUCCGUGUGCGAAGACCAACGGAAUCUACAACUUCUGUCGCGACAGACCAUGUCUCUGCGAAGUGCCUUCCGCAGACGAGGUUGAGGUGGUCGCUGCCCUGCGCUCAGAAAAGCCGCUGGAGGUCAUCAAGGCGCUCGUUUGUUUUGGCGAACAUGUGCUUGAGUCUCUAUUACACGAUAAGUCUUUGGGAUGGGAAAUGUCCAUCUGGUAUUUCUUGAUGUUUACGCAGAAGCUCGAUGACACGGUGCUGGCUAUUUGUCGCGACAUCAUCAAAACCGGGGCGACGCGUGAAAUCAUAGAUGCAUUCAAUACGCUGCAGAAUGCUCGCCGCGCACUCAAAGCCCCUCACAAAGACUCCCGACAUGUCUACCUCUAUCACAGCAUGGCCUGCCUAACUAAGCCCUAUGUCGAGGAUAUGUCGUAUCUUGUCUACAAGAUUCUGGAAGGUCGCGGUUUGUCUGACGAGCUCAUCGAGAUGGUUCGCGAAUUCUACAUCGAAGUUAGUGUUGAGGAGGUGGACUUGGACCAGCGCGACGGUCAAUACUACAAGACAUACAAGAAUCGCUGGGACCUGGGCGAGCGACGUUAA